CUCUGUCUUAAGCACUGUACCACACCGACAGCGGCUUAACAUCGCCUGGCUCAGACAGACAAACACUUCUCUUGAGUUGACACUUUCUUAUCUAUAUUCGGGCCGGUUUGCCUCUCUCAGUCCGACCUAAACAAAUGGGGGAAUGACACCCCGAAGCUUUUAUCUGCUGUCCUGGACUUGAGAAGCGCCGUGAAUGAUGUUGUUGUUUUCCCCGAGCAGGAGCGCAAGGCGAUCCCGGGCCUCUCUUCUCCUGCCCGGGGUCUUGAUCAGCAUAAUCCUCGCUGCGGCCAGUGCGAGUAUUCCAGCAAACAAGUGCCCCGACCACAUAGACUGUGCUCGAAUGGGGCGCCACUUCUGCACGCCUGGCUCCUCCCACUGUGGCCCUUGCCUCUCCCCAUUGGAGGAAGAUGAAGUGGGACAUUGUGUUGCUCACAGGAGACACCAUCCCCAACACCACCUCCACGGUAAAGAGACAUCUCUUCCUGAUGUUGAUGAAGAAAUCGACUAUCUGUCCUCUGUUAUUGCCAAGCAGCAAAUGUCAGAAGUCAAGCAGCCAGGUUCUCCCUCACAGUCUUCUUCGCACACAUCAGAAUCAAGGCAGAAAAAUCUGUCUCACACCACAACUUUAAAACCGACAACCAGUGGCCCUUCAGCACCAACACAUCAGACCCCCAAACCUCCCCAGCCACACACAGACUCAUCCAACCGUCGUGGGCCGAUUGUCAACCCCCACCCCUCCAGAGACAGCCUGCUAGUCUUGAUGAUAUCUUUAUGUGUUAUAAUGGGAACCAUAGCUAUCAUCCUCGCUGCUGUCUGCUGGGUCAGGUUACAGAGAGAAGCUCAUUUGGCUCAGAAGGUCGAUUACCCUGCGUCUCAUGCAGCGGGUCCCAAUAAUAGCCAUACCUCUUCUGGGGAUAAAACACUAGCUCACAGUGCUCAGAUGUAUCACUAUCAGCAUCAGAAACAACAGAUGCUUUCAAUGGAGAAGCAAAAAGCUGAACCUAAAGUCUCAGAGUCUGGGGCCACAUCAGACGAAGAGACUGAAGAGGGUGAUUUCACUGUGUAUGAGUGCCCUGGCUUGGCACCGACUGGAGAGAUGGAGGUGAAAAACCCACUGUUCGAUGACUCUAACUUGCACUCCCAGAGGAAUCACAAUUGACCUGGACACACACCUGCAUACUUUUAGAAUAGGCCUAACAGACCUAAAAGCAUUCUUCUAUAGGUUGAAGCACCAUCUGUUGCACCACACAUAUACUAUGUAACACACAUGUGAAAAACAUGUAUGACUUUUCUUCCUGGAAUGUCUUGGUUGACGCCCUUCGCUCAGCCAGCCCCUCAGAACAAACUGAAAGCAUAUAAUACACUUACACUAUAAAGAUAGUGAAGAAUAGAUGAUAUACAUUAUAGCAAUAUGCCGCCCCAGGCGGUUGCCCAUGUCGCCCAUGCCUAAAUCUGCCACUGAAAACAAUACACAGUGGUCUCUCACACAUUUACUUAUCUGUCCAUAUCUGUAUACUAUUUUCUUACUGUCUUUGUUAAUGCUGGUCUUUAAGAAUAUCAUUUUUAGGAGAUUAAUAAAUGUUCUGUUUAAUUUCCUUUUUGUCACUUUGGUUCCGUAAAUUUCCUCUCAGUUUGUAUGCCUUUCAGUGAAAUAUGAAAUCUAUUUCUCCCCUUCUCCAUAUGAUCUUUAAUUGUAUUUCUUCUUGUGCCCCAGUAAAUGUCAUUCCAUUUUAUGAUAUCAUGGCUAUGUCAGGGAAUGUAAUACUACAUAGAUUGAAGCAGAAACAUCAAGGCUCCUGUGCUCAAGUCCCUUUAGUGUACAUACAGUAAAAAAACAAAGUUAAACUGCAUUACAUAAUAUUUCUUUUAUAUUUGUGGGCUACAAACUGGGCUUUUUUGUGGUGUGGCAUUAAUGCCAUUAUCGCACAUUAGCUAUAAGACAAUCAGACUCAAUACCAUGAUAACUGUGAGCAGACUUGGAAUUAUAGUAGUUUAUGGUAAUACUGAAAUGGCUUGAUUUUACUAGUAAAUUAUUUUAAUAUUUUAUUGAUUUGUAGUAAAACAGAAUGUACAGUAGCCUACAGAUAUUUAAAAGUACUUAAUGGAAUGUUCCGGGUUCAACACAAGUUAAGCUCAAUGGACAGCAUUUGUUGCAUAAUGUUGAUUACCACAAUAAUUCAUUUUGACUCGUUCCUCCUUUUCUUUAAAAAAAGCAAAAAACUGGGUUGCAGUGAGGCACUUACAAUGGAAGUGAAUGGGGGCUAAUUUUUUUACUUUAAAAUACUCACUGUUUCAAAAAUAUAGCCACAAGACAUAAACAAUAUGCGUAAGCAUGAUUUUAGUGUGAUAAAAUUGCUAACUAAGCGUUUCUGUGUAAAGUUAUAGCCAGUUUUACAACUUUGUUACCAUGACGAUGUAAUGUCAACAAACACUAAAACCCAAAAACAGACCGUAAAAAUGACAAUUGAAAUAACUUUACAGUUCAAAUAAUACAUGAGUUUUAACAGAAGAAUUAAUGUAAGCGCUUUUAUAAAAUUAUAAGCAUCACAUUUCUGCCUUUAAACCCUCCAAAACUUGGCCCCAUUCACUUCCAUUGUAAAUCCCUCACUGUAACCUCGAUUUUUGCUUUUUUUAAAGAAAAGGAGGAACGAGUUGAAAUACAUUUUUGUGGUAAUCAACAAUAUGGCACAAAUGCUGUCCAUUGAGCUUAACUAGUACUGAACCUGGAACAUUCCUUUGAGGUGCUAUAUAAAUGACAGAUUAGACAGAUAAAUUAAAUAAUAUUUCUCAUACUAGUAGAAACAGGUUUUCUGACAAUAAAUGUAUAGUUGUUUAAUAAACACAAUACAUACAUUUUAAAGAAAUAGAUUGUUUGUUUGUUUGUUUGUUUGUUUACAUAAAGCUUUUCAUGAAAUAGUUGAACUGAAGUAAUAUUUUGACAUUACAUUUGUGCAUUAAAUCUUCAC